AACAGGGCUGCCUCUUCUAAAAAGACGUAUCCUGUACUUAUUUUUGUACUAACAUUUACCACCUGCGGCCGCGUUACACUGUCUUCACAACAAUUGCGCAAAUACCAUGGCGGUACAACAAGAUGCUGUGGUUACCAACACAGUAGUCAUAGGAGGAGGUCAUGCUGGGAUUUCUAUGAGUGUUGUGCUGAAGGCAAGAGGUAUUCAACAUGUGGUACUGGAAAAGGCAAGGACCCUUGAACAGUGGCGAAGCAAUCGGUGGGACUCAUUCAAGCUAAAUACGACUGUAGACUACAGUUUGAUCUACGGUCAAAAACCGGAUCCCGAGAACGGGUUCAGUGGUAAACAGGAGUCCCUAAAACCCGCCAAAAUGCUCGGGUUCUGGGAGGCUUACAUCCAGGAGACAGGCGUCAAGGUGCGGGAGCACACCGAAGUUGUUAGUGUUGACGAUGGAGACAAUGAGAGUGUCCGAUAUGUUGUAAGCGUAGAAAGUCAAGAUGGGGGUCCAACCACCUACCAUGCAAGGAACGUCAUCGCAUGCUCCGGCACCUACCAAAAGCCGCGCAUACCUGAAGAGCUAGCUACAAAGAUCCCUGCGCACAUUAAACAAGUGCGUGUUGGGACAUAUAAAAACAUCGACGACAGUUUAAAUGAUGGGGGCGUAUUGGUGGUCGGGGGAGGACAGACUGGUUUCCAGAUUGGUGAAGAAAUCGUGAGAUCCGGUAGAAAGGUUGUUGUGUGUACAUCAAUGGUGCCAGGUAGUCUUCGAUCGUAUCGCGGCGAAGAUAUUUUCUACUGGAUGGACCGCAUAGGGUUCCUGUCGAUGCCUAUUCAGGCACUGUCUGUGCCAGAGAUGCGAUUCAACCGGAUUCCGGUGACAGGAAAUGACCAUGCUAUCUCACCCCAUAGUAUGGCCAGAGAGGGGGCCAUUCUGGUAGGUAGUCUCGAGAAGGUCGAGGGAGAUGAGCUUCAAUUUAAGGAUAAUUUGAAAGAGCACGUUCGUUUCUGCGACGAGAGCUACUCGACACUCGCGCCGAGGAUCGAAGGCUACUUAGAGAAGACCGGAACUGCUGGUGAAUAUCCUCCGCCCGAGAAAGAGCCUGAAUGGGAACCUCAUGAACCUUUACUGAACGACUCCCCAAUCCUCAAGAUGAAUAUGAACGAUGAGGGCAUCACCAAUGUAUUUUGGGCCACCGGAUGGGGUGCCGAUUUCUCGUUUCUCAAGUGCGGAAAUCUUGUAGACGAAAUGGGGCCUGCCGGUCGACCUUUAACAUGCGAUGCCUCUAAGCCUGGGUUCUUCUACCUGGGCUUUCCUUGGCUCAGGACAUUGAACUCGGCAAACAUACAAGGUCAUCACGCAGACGCCCUUUAUAUCGCAGAUCAACUUACCGAAUAG